UCCUUUUCUUGCAUCUUUCUUUCCAUUUCAAAAACUUUCUUCGCUGAUUCUUUUCCUCAGAAAGAACAAGGGAAGCUUUCAUUUGGUGAAAUUUUUUAGGGGCAAGAAAUGGACAUUGACGAUAUUUUUGGGAUGACCCAGAACGUAAGCUUGCCAAGAAAGAGUGCAAUUUAUGUUUGGGGUUAUAACCAAUCGGGUCAAACGGGUCGAAAGGGGAAGGAUCAUCAAUUAAGGGUUCCCAGGCAACUCCAUCCUGAUCUUUUUGGAUGCCCAGGCGAAAUUAAUUCUCGCUGGUUGGAUAUUGCCUGUGGUCGUGAACAUACGGCUGCUGUGGCUUCUGAUGGGUCACUUUUUACUUGGGGUGCAAACGAUUUUGGCCAACUGGGUGAUGGAACAGAGGAAAAGAGCAAACUUCCAAAGAAAGUGAAUCAAUUGCAGGGUGAGUUUGUGAAAUCUGUUUCCUGUGGAGCACAUUGUACUGCUGCUAUUGCUGAGCCUCGUGAGAAUGAUGGCACCCUUUCAACUUGUCGACUCUGGAUUUGGGGACAAAAUCAGGGAUCCAAUUUUCCACGCUUAUUUUGGGGAGCCUUCACACCACAAACGAUUAUUCGUCAAGUGUCCUGUGGGGCAGUUCAUGUGGUGGCAUUGUCUGAUGACGGCCAAUUGCAAGCUUGGGGCUACAAUGAGUAUGGUCAGCUAGGCAGGGGUGUUACUUCCGAAGGUCUACAAGGAGCUCGCAUUAUAAAUGCUUUUGCAAAGUUCCUUGAUGAGGCCCCUGAGCUUGUAACGAUUACUAAGGUGUCAUGUGGGGAGUACCAUUCUGCAGCUAUAUCUGAAAACGGCGAGGUCUAUACAUGGGGACUAGGAAGUAUGGGUCAACUUGGUCACUGUUCGCUUCAGUCUGCAGACAAAGAGUUGAUACCGAGGAGAGUUGUUGCUCUUGAUGGAAUAUGUGUGAAGGAUAUUGCAUGUGGCGGAGUACACACAUGUGCCAUUACUCAAAAUGGCUCUUUAUACGCAUGGGGUGGCGGUCAAGUAGGACAAUUAGGUGUUGGGCCCCAGACAGGGUUUUUUUCAUGUAUCGCGGGUGACUCCGAGACAUUUCUUCGAAACUUACCUGUAGUGGUUGUCUCAGACGGUGUGCAACAUGUUGCUUGUGGACAUUCGCACACUCUUGUUUCAACGAAGGAUGGAAGAAUCCAUGGAUGGGGUUACAAUAGCUAUGGUCAGGCAGCUAAUGAGAAAUCUACAUAUGCCUGGUAUCCAUCUCCUGUCGAUUGGUGCGUAGGGGAAGUGCGAAAACUAGCAGCUGGUGGUGGACAUUCAGCUGUCCUAACGGACGCUUGUUCCUUGAAGGAGCUUUGUGAGUUCAGGCUUGCUGAUACCGUUAACUCGCAGAAUGCUUCUGAAAUAGAAGAUGUCGCAUCCAGGACAGGAUCGGAUGCUUUAGCACGCCUUUGUGGACGUCUGAGGGAGUCUGUACUUGAUGGCCGUUGUGAAUUCGAAGAAGAUGAAACCAGCAAUUGAAAGAAAUGAGAAAGAGGAAAUAUGAAAAAAAAGAAAAGGAAGAAGACGACGAAGUGUAUAGCGGUCUUCAUAUAUAUAUAUAUAUAUAUUCUGUCAAGUCUGUAUUAGUCUUUCGUUCUUCUGCAUCAGGGUAGAAGCAUUGAAACGAUUAAAUGUAGGUGGUAUAUAUAAUGUGUGUGAUGAUGAACUUGUAUUUUACUCUUUUAGGAUCUGAUGAGCAUUUGGCCAUCGUGUAUUCGAUCAUCUGUAUCAUCAAACACUUAUGUGGUCACAUUGACCAUUUCUCAAGCCAGGGUUAAUAAUAACCCAGCUAUAUUCUUAAUAGCAAACUUGUACACUAUGUUGUUUA